CAUCCCCUAUUUUCAUCAACCCCCACAUCUCUUGCCCCACAUCCCUUCUCCUUUAGUGUGAAAACUUCUCUUCUACAAACCAGCCUCCUGUAAUAAGGAUGUCUCUCGAAAUUUGGGGCAGCUACAUAUUGGGGGCAAUAGGAGGGGUGGAGGGCCUCCUGUUCCUGCUUGUACUCAUUCUGUCUGGCUGUAUUUACCGGCUCCAAAAAAGAGUGAGGAGACUGGAGAGGGACAGGGAUGACUCUUUGGAGCAGCAGCUUCAUUAUGCCUCUUUCCAGGGACUUCCAUCUGGGCUGAAGGAACAAGCUGGAGAAGCUUUUCAAAAUGAUCCCAGUGGGGACUAUGCCUGUGUCAAGAAGUCUAGUAAUGUGUAGUUGCAACUUCAGAAGUCAUACCCAAGGAGUUUGUACCAGAAGGAUGCCAAUAAUAGUGAUGAUGCCGACCAAAAAUGCUAAGUGGCAAUGGGGAGAGAGGUCCAAGUUCCAAUCUGUUGAUGACCUCAACAUCUUCAUACUCUCCCCAGGACCCCAACAAAACAGGGGAGCUUCACCCCCAAUGAAUCCAAUAAAGAGUAUUUUGUUCUCACCACUUUAAA